UGCUCGGUCCCUGUUUCCUGUUUGUGUUCCGGGUUCAUCUCAUCGCAGCGCUCCGGUCCAAGUCCGGAACUACGAACCGAGCCGAGCGUCAUGAACGAGUCUGAGGGACUCCGCUUCCGGCGGCAGCACCGACCGCAGGUGCUCACCGACGAGCUGCACGAGCACCGGUACAAAGGUCCCGGCACCUACAGUGGAAAGGUGUUUCAGGUGACGCUCCUCGCUCUCGGUGGAUUCCUGCUUCUUCCUCUGCUCGUCUUCGUCCUCAUCUUGGAGUCUCCCAUCCAACCCGAUGCCUUCACGCUGAAGGAGCCUCCGCAGAUGAAGGGCUGCUGGGAACCGAACCUGAAGCUCCGGGAGGCUCAGAGACUCUUCGAGGACCAGAUCCUCGGACCCGAGUCCAUCGCCAACAUUGGAGAUGUUUUGUUUUCGGGAACAGCUGACGGGAAAAUUGUGAAGCUGAUUGGUCGAAGAACCCACACAGUGACGAGACUCGGGAAACUUCCCUGUGGUUCUCCAGAUGAGGAGUCGAGCUGCGGUCGACCUCUGGGGAUCCGGGUCGGACCCAACGGGACGCUGAUCGUAGCCGACGCCUACCUGGGUCUGUUUGAGGUGAACCCCACCACAGGUGAGACGACCACGUUGGUGUCGGGGGGGCAGAUCGUCGCCGGCAGGAAGCUGUCGUUCAUUAACGACGUGGCGGUGACGCAGGACGGGAAGAAGGUGUACUUCACUGACUCCAGCAGCAGGUGGCAGCGCAGAGAUUACCUGCACCUCAUCAUGGAGGCCACCGCUGACGGACGUGUGUUGGAGUUGGACACAGAAACCGGAGAAGUGACGGUGCUGAUGGACAACCUGAGGUUUCCAAAUGGAAUCCAGCUGCUGCCGGAUGAGGAGUCGGUGUUAGUGGCUGAAACCACCAUGGCUCGGAUUCGCAGAGUGCACGUGGCCGGGCUCAACAAAGGCGGGAUGGACACCUUCAUGGACAACCUGCCCGGGUUCCCCGACAACAUCCGGCCCAGCUCCAGCGGAGGUUACUGGGUUGCCAUGGCAGCGGUGCGGCCGAACCCCGGAUUCUCGAUGCUGGACUUCCUGUCCCAGAGACCCUGGAUCAAGAAGCUCAUCUUCAAGCUCUUCAGUCAGGACGUCCUGACCAAGUUCGUCCCUCGCUACAGUUUGGUGGCGGAGCUUCACGAAGGCGGGAUCUGCACACGCAGCUUCCACGACCCCAACGGCCUGGUGGCGGCGUACGUGAGCGAGGUCCACGAGCACGACGGGAGUCUGUACCUCGGCUCCUUCCGCUCCCCGUACAUCGCCAAACUCGACCUGCGCAAGGUGUAAGAACACACAACACAACUCCGCUGUCGCACCUUUGUGAGUCAAAGAGACGGAGAUGGCGUGUGACAUCAGGACGAAGCAUGGACCGGACCAAUGAUGUCACGAGGACGCAGGACGGAGGUCGAUGACUCAUCGACGCAGACGACGGAUCAGACUCAACAUUUGUGUUUAUUUUAGUUUUGAGAUCAGAUCUGAUCGAUCAAUAAAUGUGUUUCUAUGAAAA